UGACGUAUCUCCUCUGUGUGCAGUCGACAAGAAACAAGCAGAAGUGUUUCGCGUUCCGCACUAAUAUUAACCUGCCUGUUGUUACGCACAGUGUCAGAAAGUGUUCUUCACUUAAUUUAGGCAUAAAUGUACCAGACACUCAAACAACAGUGAGCUGACUUGACUGAAUAUCAGUGUUGAGUGUGUAACGUAGCGUUAAAAAGCGGCCAGAAGAAGUUCACCGUAGUUGGGCCGAGUGUCGGCUCCGCCCCGGGCUCCUCAGCUGCUCUUGUCAAAUAACGUUAUAUGUUAACGCUGCAUAUACGACCAGAGGCAGACAUUGUUUAUAUUUUGAACAGCUAAACAGGUAAAUAACUCACAACAAGCUACCAUGGCCUCAUUUGGGGCUUCAGCACCAGCAGCCACCCAUAUGGCCACCAAAGUGGAGCUGACCAUCUCCUGUGACAACCUCCUGGACAUGGACGUCUUCUCUAAGUCAGACCCUCUGUGUGCCUUGUACAUCAACACUUCAGGCUCCCAUUGGUAUGAGUUUGGGCGCACAGAGAUGAUCCUGAACAACUUGAAUCCAAAGUUCGCCAAGAAGUUUGUCCUCGACUAUUAUUUCGAGAUGGUGCAGAGGCUGAAGUUUUGCGUUUAUGACAUUGACAACGACACCUAUGAUCUGGCUGAUGACGAUUUUCUGGGAGAGCUUCAAUGCACUCUGGGUCAGAUUGUUUCUAACAGGCAGAUGACUCGACCUUUGAUGUUGACGAAUGGGAGGCCUGCAGGUCGUGGGACCAUCACAAUCUCUGCUGAAGAAAUAACAGACACCAGAGUGGCAAACUUUGAGGUGUCAGCCCGCAAGCUGGACAAAAAGUAUCUGUGGUGGUCCGACCCUUUCCUGGAAUUCUACAAGCAGACUGAAACUGGAUGGCAGCUUGCUCACAGGACAGAGGUGAUAUAUAACAACCUAAACCCAACAUGGAGACCCUUCCGCAUCUCACUGCGAGCUCUCUGUGGAGGAGAUGUGGAGAAACCUAUAAAGGUUUACUGUUACGACCAUCAUCACAAUGGCUCCCAUGACCUUAUUGGGAGUUUUGAAACCACACUUGCAGAAAUGCAAACAGGGACACACAUUUCUCCGGCUGAAUUGAAGUGCAUUAACCCAAAAAAGUUAAAGAAGAGAGGCUAUCAGAACUCUGGGGUCAUUCUCUUCAAGCGCUGCCAGGUGGAGAAGGAGUUCACCUUCCUGGAUUACAUUAUGGGUGGUUGUCAAUUCAACUUCACUAUUGCCAUCGACUUCACAGGCUCCAACGGGGAUCCUAAAAGCCCCCAGUCCCUCCACUACAUCAACCCAGAGGGCUACAAUGAAUACCUGUCAGCCAUCUGGGCAGUGGGUAAUGUCAUCCAGGACUAUGACAGCAACAAGAAGUUCCCUGUCUUUGGGUUUGGAGCUCAGUGUCCUCCCUCCUGGAAUGUCUCCCAUGAGUUUCCGAUCAAUUUUAAUCCAUCAAAUCCUUUCUGUGACGGCAUAGAGGGGGUGGUGAAGGCCUACCAAGAGUGUCUACCUCAGCUGAAGCUCUGGGGCCCCACCAACUUUUCUCCAAUUAUCAACCACGUAGCCUGCUUUGCCAGACAAGCUCUCUACCAGAAUACGGCCACACAAUACUACGUGCUGCUCAUCAUCACAGACGGAGUGAUCACAGACAUGGACCGGACCCGCACCGCAAUCGUAGACGCCUCUCAUCUGCCUAUGUCUAUCAUCAUAGUGGGUGUGGGCGGGGCAGACUUCAGCGCAAUGGAGUUCCUCGACAGCGAUGACAAAUUGCUGCGUUCGCCCAGCGGUCAUGUCGCCUCACGAGACAUCGUCCAGUUUGUGCCCUUCAGAAAUUUCCAAGGAAGCAGUAUGGCCCUUGCCCAGAGCGUCCUGGCAGAGCUGCCUGAUCAAGUGUCCUCCUUCUUCAAUUCUUACAAGCUGAAACCCCCGAAUCUAGUCAGUGUUUCUGGGCCAUCCUGGACAGACCGAAGUGCCUCAUAUUUAUAAUCUGCUUCUCUUGCAACCUCUGUCUGUUUUUACUGCUUGGAAAGGUAUGAAUCAUCGUGAAGCAAGGUUUUUACAGCCACUGCUGUUAUAUGAAUGUGGGGUAAAUAAAAUAAAUAAAUUAAAGAAAUGAUGUCUUAAAAUUGACUUGAUAUUGAUAAUAAGUUGAUAAAAGAAUGAUUUCUGUGACCAAAGAAACAUGAUAGCAUGUUGUGCAUGAUGAUGCCAGGCAAUCACCAUAAAGUAAUCACAGUUUUGUCUAUGCACUAGAAAUGUGACAGUAGGUAUGUUGGUAUGGCUUUGUUGUUUAAAUGUCAUUAUGUCUUGUAUAUUUCUUUUCUCUGUUGUACCUUCACACCUUUUUAAUGUUGUAGUCCAUCUUUCUCAGGGAGAAUUCUUACAAUCUUACUCUGAGACAGCAGCACACAUUACAUGAGCUGGAGACAUGAUGUAAUAGUGUGAUUACAGCAACAAUCAUGGAUGUUGAUGUUUUUCUUUCUAAGUCUGUACUACACUGAAAUAACAGGUGUUUAUACUAUUGGAUUUCUAACCAUCCUUCCACUUUGUACCAUCCAACAUGCUUAUUUUUACACUCUGUUACUCCCAAACUUCAGUACAACUUAACUGAAAAGAUGCUUUCUUAUCAUCAGUAUGUUACCUUUGUUAGCCAAAUAUAAUAAUAUAUUAAUAUAAUAAUACUAACAAUUAUUAUUAGUAUAUAUGAUUGAUAUUAAUAUCAAACAUAUAUGUAGUGUGCUGAUUUUUCACUCACACCAGAAUAAGAAAUCAUUGUUUUAGUCAAGGCUGAUCUGUGUGAAUGCUUGUGACUAAUAAAAAUACAUUCACAUGA